AUGAAAAAAUUUAAGAUUAUCUUAUCAAUUUUAAUUUUUUCAAUUUCUAAUGUCGUUUUAUCAUUAUCACCAGAAUCAUAUUCAUUAUCAAAAAGAUUUGGAAUUUCAUCAUUUAAACCAAAAUUAUUUAAUUUUAAUCCAAAUGAUCAUCAAUCAACUUCUUCAUCCCCUUUGAAUAAUAAUUUUAAUGCAAUAAAUAAUGAUGAAGCGAUCACUAAGAAUAACAACAACAAUAAUGAUAACAGCGAACACAUCAUAAAUCAAUUAUCAGAAAUGCCACCAUCACCAAUGAGAUUUCCACCAAAAUUACCAUUUCCCAAAUGGCUUACAGAUUUUACAGGAUUAAAAGAAUGGCCAGAUUUAAAUCCUCCUUAUAUACCAUUAGAUUUUAUAAAUUUUAAUAAAAUUGAAGAUUUACCAAUACAUAAACAAUCACAAUGUUCAAAUCCAAUAUUAAGAAGUCCAAUUGCAUGUUCAUUUGAUUGUUUUAAUUGUGUUGAAUUUGAUGAUAUUUAUACAUGUCCAAAAAUUUCACAAACUUUUGAUGAUGGACCAUCACCACAUACAAAAAAAUUAUUAAAUGCAUUAAAACAAAAAAACACCAAGACUACACUUUUCACAUUAGGUGUAAAUAUUAUAAGAUUUCCAGAAAUUUAUAAAGAAAGUUUAGCAGAAGGUCAUAUAAUGGGAUCACAUACAUGGUCACAUAAAUUUUUACCAAGUUUAACAAAUCAAGAAAUUAUUGCACAAAUAGAAUGGUCAAUAUGGGCAAUGAAUGCAACAGGAAAUCAUUUACCAAAAUGGUUUAGACCUCCAUAUGGAGGAAUUGAUAAUAGAAUAAGAUCUAUUUUAAGACAAUUUGGAAUGCAAGCUGUGUUAUGGGAUUUUGAUACAUUUGAUUGGAAAAUGUUGGAUAAUUCAAAUUUAAGAAAUGAAAAAGACAUAUAUAAGGAUGUUUUAGAUUUUAAAAAUUUGAAACAAUCAAAGGGGAUAAUAUUAGAACAUGAUGCUAUUUUAAGAACUGUUGAUGUUGGAAUUGAAAUUUUAAAUAAUAUCUUGGGUGAUCAUGAACAACUAACUAUACCUAAAUGUGUUGGUGGAAUUGAUUAUAUAAAAACUUUUGAUAAUCCUUAA